AUGACAAGUGAUAGUCUACCAACGUUACCAGUGCGAGUGUCAAGUGGCAUCCUCAGAGGAUCCGUGGCUCUGGACGGGUCACAUCUCCGCUACACUGGGAUACCGUACGCGACAGCACUGAGGUUUCAGGCUCCCAAAGCCGCCCCAAAAUGGAAUGGUACAUUCGAUGCGGUUAAUGAAAAUCGUAAAUGUCCACAAAAUACCAAGAAUGCGUUAAUUACGGAAGAUGAGGACUGCCUGUACCUAAACGUUUAUACACCUUUGAAAUCGGAGAAUAAACUUUACCCUGUUAUGGUAUUUAUUCACGGAGGUGGUUUCAAAGAAGGCUCCGGUUCGCCGCAUAUUUAUGGACCAGACCAUUUGGUAAAACAUAAUAUUAUUUUAGUCACAAUUAACUACAGGCUUGGCGUGCUUGGGUUCCUCUGCUUGGGAAUAAAGGAAGCCGCCGGUAAUAUGGGUUUGAAGGACCAAGCAGAAGCGCUACGUUGGGUGAAGAAUAAUAUCAGAGCUUUUGGAGGAGAUCCUGAUAACAUAACAUUAUUUGGUGAGAGUGCCGGCGCCGCAUCUGUGCUCUAUCACAUGUUAUCUCCAAUGUCCGCAGGGCUCUUCAAUAGAGCUAUAAUGGAAAGUGGAUCCGCAAUGUCAUUCUCGUCUGGACAAUUCGAGGCCAAAGAAAUGGCCUUCAAAUUGGCCGCACAAAUGGGACACAACACAAGAGAUGUGUAUGAGAUAGUAAAUAUAUUUAAACAAAAAUCUAUUGUAGAGUUAUUGAGUGCUAAGUUACCCAGGAUUACAGGUAACAUUAUAGAAUCAGACAAUAUAUUUGUUCCUUGUAUUGAGGAAACUAUAGAAGGAUCGGAACCAUUUAUAACUGCAAGCCCAUAUGAAAUCAUCAACAGCGGUAAAUUCAAUAAAGUCCCUAUUAUAAUGGGCUUCAACAAUGCAGAAGGCUAUAUGUUCGUAGCAGAAGAAACUUCUCGUCAAAUAGACGAGUUUAACUUUGUAAGUGCGUUACCGAGAGAUUUAAUAUUCUCAGUUUCAUCUAAAAAAGAAUUAAUUGCUGCGAGAUUUAAAGAGCAGUAUCAAGAUGGCUCUCAAAUGAAUGUACAUUCUUUAGCGAAAUACGAAGGUGACGCUGGAAUUAAAUACCCUGUUAUAGCUACAGUGGAUCUUUUGCUAAAAAAUAUGAAAGAACCAGUAUAUGUUUACAAAUUUGCUUAUGGUGGUUUAUUGAAUCAGUUAAAAUUUUGUUCCGGUUUCAUUACUUAUCCUGGAGCGACUCAUACUGAUGAAUUACCUUAUAUAUUUAAACCAGAAGGCACUACAUUAUUGACGCUUUUUGAAAUGAAAACUAUUGACAAGAUGACUUUAAUGUGGACUAAUUUCGCUAAAUACGGAGACCCGACCCCUCAAGAAACCGCAUUAGUUCCAAUGAUGUGGCAACCAGCCAAUCCAUCUGACCCUCAGCUUCUGGUAAUCGACAGACAAUUUUCUACUGAGAGUCUUUGGAGUGAUAAAGAUAUUUUAUUGUGGAACGAUACUUAUACAUAUUACAGAAGAACAUCGUGAACUGGUCUUCCGUACCCUCCAUAUCCCAUUUGGGGAAUA